UUUGCACAACUGUCAUUUAAAUUUGAAAAUAAUAGUUCAAAAUCGGUUUAAAUAUUUCAAUUGUGAUUUACACAUAUUCUAAUUAUUAAAACUGGAUUGAACCAUUGUUUAGUUUGUGUUGUGACAAACGACAACAAACGUUUUAUAUAACCUCAAAUGGUACCUAAAAUUUAGUACAGCGAGUAACAAAGAAGUUUGGGAUUUUGGGGCUCCGCAGUAUGUUUGGGAGUGUUUUGGAUACGUUUUAAGUUGUUAACAUGGCCGGGGACAUCGAGGAGCUUCUACAAUUAUAUAAGUUGCAAAUAGCCGAAGACAAGAAACGACUGGGGCUGCCGGCACGCAAUGAUGAAGUGGACAAGAGCCAAAAUUGUGAUAAUGAACACCAACAGAACAAUAAUGUACAACAAUCAACAGAAAACAAGGAAAAUCAACCACUGAAUCGUGAACUAUCCUUGAGCAACAACAACAAAAAUCUGCCGAUAAUCGAGCGACUUGAUUUAAGUAGUAAUGAAGGCGCUUUAGGGAAGACAGCUUUUGAGAGAGCGGAUGAGAGCGGAGGCGGGCGCACGAUGCUGCGGUACGGCGAGUACAGCCCCAACAAUCCCCAACUAAGGGUGUCGGCGGCUCCGUACCUCGGACUCGGAGAGUAUGAGCAAAGGCGCAACGUGUUCCAGCAGAAGCGGCGGGCCGAGUAUCUUCAACACUUGUCCAAGAGCGAGAUUAAUGUUAAAAAUUGUAAUUUAACGAGGAACGUGGCGACGCGGGCCGUACAAACCGAUUUACAGAAUAUUCAUUGCCCUUUAGUACAGUAUGACAGCCAUACACCGGAAAAGGAGCUAAAUCCGUACGUCUCGACGUCUUUUAUGCAAAACAAUCGCAACCUAUCUCCGUACCGCGCAGACCAAAGACUAGCCAGCGCUCAAAAUGCCUUAUUGAGACCAGAAAUGGAUAAACCGAAGAGUAUUUUGUCGAACAGGCGCACCGGUAGUCCGAGAGAGAGAUUGCUGUCUGAUUUGAAGCAUUCGUACACACCUAGUUUCAUGGACGGGUUCAGUUAUCAGGACCGGGCCGAGGAGUUGGAGAGGGAAAGGAUCAAGCGGGACAAUUAUCAGAGGGAACUAAGGCUGCAGAUCGAGGAGAAGCGGAGACUGCAAGCGAUGCGGGAGGAGCAGGAGAGGAGGGAACAAGAACUGGAGAACCGGAGGCUGGAGCAGCAGUUGCUGAGGAUGCAGGAGGAGCAAGCCGUCGAAGAACAACGAAGGUGUCGCAGAGAUGAACAGAUGCGCCGCCACAGCGAGGACCUCUUGCGGCGAAAGCACGAACUGCAGUCCCGCUUUCGCAAGCAUACCGAUUCCGAAAGUAGCGUGACAAGUCUUCGAAACACCAACGUUGCCUCAAAAGCUCUAUCGCAUUAUUCUCCCCCCGUCUCCCGUCGCAACCCGUACUCCUUCAAUAUACCAUCCAGUUCUGUGUUCGCCGAUACUACGCCUAGCAGCAGGUACGCUCCGAACCGCUUCGACUCGUACUAUCGCAAGGACACGCUGAACAGGAUGGACUCGCUAGCCACAUAUGAUACUCAUCGUAGAUUUAAUAAUGCUUUCAGUCGUUACGACUCGUUGAGUAGAAUAGAUUCGUUAAAUCGCCAAGAUGCGUUGAAUAGAAUAGAAUCGUUGAAUAUUCAAGAUAGUUUAAGUCAUGUACAACGUAGGCACAGCGCCACACAGCAGGACCUGAGCCUGAUACGGAAAAGUCCGAAACUCCAAAGAAGGAGCAGUUCGAGUCGGUUCGAAGACACUCUUCCCAUACCAGUAUUGAAAGCGCACUCGCCAGUUGCCAAAGAACUGAAGAACUCGGUUCCGUUCAACUCCAGUCGGUCGGACGCUGUUAGGAAAUUAGAAGACAAGUGGCAGAUCCCCGCCGUACAGAAAAACAUCAUCAACCACGGGGACCCGCUCCGGGACGGUCAAGGAAGGAGUAUCCUCACCCAAUUGGGCGCCAUCAGGAUGCAGCUUCAACAAGAACAGUUGCGAAUGGACGAGACGUUACGUAAACGCGAUAUUACACAAUCCAAGGCUGUUGAUUUUCAUUGAAAAUAACACAUUUUACAUCGAGUUAUAAAAUUGAAUCAUAGUUAUUUUAUAUAUUGUUAGAACUUGUCUUUAUAUUUAUAAUUGAGAUAGAAUAGAAACGUUGAGAAUGACUGA